AUGCGGGCUCGCACCCUUUCGGCCGCCGGCCUGACCAUCACGCGGACUUCCUCAACCUCCGUGUGCUCGCAAUGCCUUCGCGAUGACCUCCGUUUGACCCAGGCCCUCAUCCAAUCUCGCAAAUAUCACCCUAGUCGCCGACAAGAUGUCUCCCCGUUCGGCGCCGCAGCCACCGCGGCCCAGGCUAUCUUCAAGGGCCUGCCGAAAGCACCUCCAGGCGUCUCGGUCGACCCAUUGCGAAUCGUGGGCAAGGAAUUGAAGUUUUUGAGUAGUAACAUUCGCCAAUUAUUGGGAUCGGGUCACCCAGCGUUAGACAGGGUGGCCAAAUAUUACACUCGCAGCGAGGGAAAGCAUAUGCGGCCAUUGCUCGUUCUGCUCAUGUCCCAAGCGACGGCUCUCGAUCCUCGCAAAGACCUCACGAGGACUCCCAACACAAACCCCGUCGAUAUCUCUCUCAGUCCACUCGCCAUCCUCGAGGAUACAAACCCAGACACAGACCCUAUCGUGCCCAAGUCCGCCGAGGCCCAAACCAGCUUUGAUGGUGACGAGAACAUCUUGCCGAACCAACGCCGGUUAGCUGAGAUCACAGAACUUAUCCAUACUGCAUCCCUCCUCCACGACGAUGUCAUUGAUAAUGCGGAUUCCCGUCGCGGCAGCCCCUCGGCAAAUAUUGAGUUUGGAAAUAAGAUGGCGGUGUUGGCUGGUGAUUUCCUUCUGGGCCGGGCGUCCGUGGCACUGGCUCGAUUGCUGGAUCCGCAAGUCAUUGAGCUUAUGGCAACUGUGAUCAACAACUUGGUGCAGGGUGAGUUCAUGCAGCUGAAGAACACUGCCAAGGACGAGGCCAAGCCUGAGUACACCAACAAUACUGUGGAGUACUAUCUACAGAAGACCUAUUUGAAGACUGCUAGUCUGAUUAGCAAGUCUUGCCGCUCUGCCGCAGUUCUGGGUUGCAGUGCCCCAGAGGUCGUUGAGGCUGCGUACGCCUAUGGCCGCAAUCUCGGCCUUGCAUUCCAGUUGGUGGAUGAUAUGUUGGAUUAUACUCUUACCGAGGCCGAGCUGGGCAAGCCUGCUGGUGCUGAUUUGGAGUUGGGCCUGGCUACUGCUCCGCUAUUGUUUGCGUGGAAGAGCAACCCUGAGUUGGGUCCUAUGGUUGGCCGUAAGUUCUGUAGAGAAGGUGAUGUUCAACGGGCUCGUGAGCUUGUCUACUACAGCAAUGGCGUUGAGCAAACCCGUGCUCUGGCCCAGGACUAUGCCGACAAGGCCGUGGCCGCCAUCAGUGACUUCCCCGACAGCGAUGCUAAGGCUGGACUGAUCGAGAUGGCCGAGAAGACCAUGAAGCGACGGAAGUAA